AUGAAAGAUCAAAGCAUAUUUCCAGAGCUGAAUAAUGCCGAGCAGAAGAUGUGCUCGGCCUCGGAGAUAAUGGAUGCUCUUCGAGCUAAUGGCGUUGUGCUACCGGCAAAUACUCAACAGCUGAAUAAUGCCGAGCAGAAAAUGUGUUCGGCCUCGGAGAUAAUGGAUGCUCUUCGAGCUAAUGGCGUUGUGCUACCGGCAAAUACUCAACAGGACCUGUACGAAAUGUUGAAUAUGUUUGUCGAAGUGUGGACUAAAGAAAUAAAUGAGCUGGAUGAGAUGAGCAGGCAGAGUUGGCACGACCAAAUCGAUGCUGAGCUGAAAGCCUCGUAUCCAUGUUGCUCGUUGAAAGCGGUUGCAAGUAAAGCUAUAAAGGUUUGUUAA